CAAAUGUGAUAAUGAAAGAUGACACUGACUUUCUAGAGAAGAGUGUCACCUUGAUCUGCAAAGUUGUCUGUGAAAGCUCUCAUCAGCUGACAAGAUUAGUGUGGACAAAAGACAACAAUGAAAUAAAUGUUUUAAAUAGUGAAGGAAAAUACACAGGGGGUGAAAUUGACAACCCAUCACUAAAAAUUACCAACGUGAAUGCUUCUGAUGCAGGUAUCUAUCAAUGUUGUGCCUCUAAUGUAGUUGGAUCAACGCACAGUGAACAAGUGACUCUAGCUUUACCAAAUGUUAAACUGUUAAUAAAGGAAAAGGACAUAAAAAAUGGAGCUCUGAAGCUCCAAGCGACCAUUAAAUCCAUUCCGGAUGCCUUUAAGGUAGAGUGGAAGGCAAAGAUGACUUCGGAUAAUGAAUUCCGACCAAUAAAUUUGCAGGAAGAAACCUAUAAAGGAUCAACAACCUCUCUUCCAAAUCCACUGCUAGUUGUCAAUAAAUACAACUCCAAGAAUUGGGAAACAUAUAGAAUAGAAGUCACUAAUUUUCUUGGUGUUAUGUUUGUUACGAGUCAAGAGGCGCUGGAAGAAACACAAUUACCAGCAGAAAGAACUAUAGACAGUUUGAAUGGUAGGUGA